GACUUAUUAACAGCGAUGCGUCUCUUUGGGUUUCGUCUACAGUUGGGAGGAUGUGGCAUCCUGGGGGUCGGAAUCUGGCUCUCAGUGACCCAGGGAAACUUUGCCACCCUGUCAUCAUCCCUUCCCUCUCUGUCGGCAGCCAAUCUGCUCAUCGCAGUGGGGACAAUCAUCAUGGUGAUCGGAUGUCUGGGCUGCGUGGGAGCUGUCAAAGAAAGCCGCCCUCUGCUGCUGGCGUUCUUCAUCCUUCUCCUGCUUAUCUUUUUCCUGGAAAUUCUCUCCAUCAUGCUUUUCUUCAUAUACCAAGAUGAGAUUGAUCGCUAUGCUCAGAGGGAUUUGAAGAAGGGCCUGCAGCUUUUCGGCACCGAAGGCAACGUGGGUUUGACCAACGCCUGGAUGAUCGUACAAACUGAUUUUCGUUGCUGUGGAGUCACCAACCACACAGACUGGUUUGAGGUUUAUAAUGCCACCCGAGUCCCAGACUCCUGCUGCCUGGAGUACAGCGACAACUGUGGACUGGACAACCCAGGAACUUGGUGGACUGCACCAUGUUACGAGCGAGUAAAGGACUGGCUAAACGACAACCUGGUGGCACUUUGGAUCUUUGCUCUAUGCACAGCUCUCACUCAGCUGAAUGAUUCGUGAUGUGCUUCCCUAAUC